UAUAAAUAUUUAUCGCAUGCAACCAUGCAGAUUUUUGGAGCCUAUCGAAACGGUGACCGUGGAACGGCGAAAGUUUUCUAUGACGAUGAGAAGUCGAAUUUUUGGAUUUUUCGCGUGACAAGUUCGUUGUGAAAAAAAACAAAAAAGAACAAUUACCUUAUUAUUUAGAACAUUUGCAAGCAAUAUAAAAUUUGUUGUGCUACUCUGUCGGCUCGGUGUCGGUGCAUGUUGGGUGUGAAAUAAAAAAAAUCAAUUGCCUCAAAGCCUCUCGACCAAUUUCAAUUUUAUUCUCUGCGUGUGCAAAAAAAAAACUACGAAAAAACGAAGACGAAAAAAGUCAGCAGCGAGGAAGAAAAAGAAUAGAAAGGAAAGCGAAAAUAGCCACAGAAAAAGAAACAAAAUUAAGUCAUUCAAGCCACCAGGCCACGGAAAAUUAAACGACGACGACGACAACGGUCGCGUAGAAGUUGAAGAAAAUGUACAGGAACAGGGGAGGAGGAGCAGCCGCAGCAGCAGUAGUAUAAAUAAAUAGCGAAGCAGCGAAAAGAAGUGUUGCAGCUAUUUUGCGUUUGAUUGUUCGCAUCGCAUUGUAAUCAAGUUUCAUGCAAUAAGAAUAUAUCAAAGUGAAAAUCAAAUUUUCCAAAUCGAAAAGCCUCCUCGACUGGGUGGCAACACGACUGCCACUGUGUGCGUGUGUAUAUGUCUGUGUGUGUGUGAGUGUGCCGCGUGUGACUGUGUGUGUGUGUGAGUGCUCCGAGUAAGUGUUGAGGCGUUCCGUUCGCUCGAAAAAAGAAAAAAUAAAUAUAUUUUAAAGCAAACCGACUGUGUCUUUGUGUCGAAUUUCCGGAUAAAUUCAACAUACGUUACCAUGGAAUAUUACUUAGGAGGAUAUGUCUUAAUGAACGGAGAUGCAGUCAAGAUCCAACCGCCGGUCUACGCCAAUGUUCCUGUCGAAACGGCAAUGUUAGCUACCAACUUGUUCGGCACCACAGCACAGAUCGCAGCCCCAAACGCAGCAGCCCACAUACCAUUGAUCACAGCCGCCCCAACAGCUGCUGCCCCCGCUCCAGUCGCAGCCGUGGCAGCGCCACAGACCGCUCCGCUUUCACAUCAGCAUCCACAGCAGGUUCAGGUUCAGGUGCAGCAACAGCAGCAGCAACCGCAUCCACACCAGCAGCAGAUUAUUGCUCAUACACACGCCCACCAACAACACCAGCAGCAGCAGCAGCAGCAACAGUCUCCUCAGACCAUUCAGGCUCAUCCCGCACAGCAUUUGCAAUACGGACAUCCGCCUCCGCCGCCACAGGCACAGGGCGUGGCUAACUCCGCAGUGAUUGUAGGAGGAGGAGGAGGAAGCGCUGCCGGUGCCGGUGCCGCUGCUGAGAGCAUCGAUAAUCCAGAAUUCGCCAUCAUGAAUGGGGCAAUUGGCCAGACCCAAGAUGGCACCGUCGUCUGCUACACAACCGAUGCUCUGGUACCUGGUGUUAAUAAUACGAAUUUAGUUGCAAUCGAGCCGCAACCCCAACACAUUGUAGUGCCGGUUCAGGUUCCUGUUCCAGUUUCCGUUCAGCUACCGGUCACAGUGCCUGCCAAUGGACCGCUGCCCACCCAGAACCCAGAGCUGCAGCAGCAGCAACAGCCGCAGCAGGGUAACAACCCCAAUGCCGCAGCCGGAGACGAUCCGAAUCUACCGAUAGACAAGCUCAAGCAGAUGUUGGCUACUCAGCUUGAGUACUACUUUUCCAGAGAGAAUCUGGCCAACGAUUCUUACCUGCUGUCGCAGAUGGACAGCGACCAAUAUGUGCCCAUAUGGACUGUGGCCAGAUUUAAUCUUGUUAGGAAACUAAGCAAGGACAUCAAACUUAUUACGGAGGUGCUGCGUGAGUCGCCCAACGUUCAGGUGGAUGACGAGGGUCUGCGCGUGCGUCCCAAUCGCAAGCGUUGCAUCAUCAUAUUGCGCGAGAUAUCCAACAACACUCCCCUCGAUGACGUCAAGGCUCUUUUCAGCAACGAGAACUGCCCGAGGCCGAUCUCCUGCGAGUUUGCUGCCAACAAUUCCUGGUACAUCACAUUCGAGUCGGACGAGGAUGCGCAAAAGGCCUUUAAGUAUCUGCGCGAGGAGAUCAAGGAGUUUCAGGGCAAGCCCAUUAUGGCGCGCAUUAAGCCCAAAUCGUUUAUCAAUAGAAUACAAGCUGUACCAAAUAUUAAGAACGGCUACCGUCUCACAUCGCCACCGACUGCCGCAGUUUAUGAUCCUUCCGGUGCUGGGGCUGCCGCUGUCAGCUAUACGACCGCCCCACAGCGAUACUUGUAUACCACCAAUGGGACAGUCCUUGGCCCCGCCUCAGUUCCCUACAAUAAUCAGGUAGUGAUUCCGAUUCAACAGAAUCAAUUCUAUCCCGGCUUGAUGGCUGGUCCAUGGCCACCCGGCACUGUGACCGCUGCCGGCCACGGCCAGAACUUCUAUGAGAUUGGUGGCAACAUCUAUGCCACCAAUCCGUUGGCUCCGCAGGCUGUAGCCAGCUUCGCAGCCGCACCUCCACCCACCGCACAAACGAUUGUCACAUCCAAACCGCAGGGUGGUGGCGGUGGCCGCUACAACAACAAUAAUCACCGUGGCAAUCCCAACAAUAUGGGCGGUGGUGGCAACUCGGGACCACGCGGUGAGCCCCGAAACAAACCCCCGCGCAACACACAGACUCCAUCCCAUAUCCAGAGCGGCAGCAUUGUGCCCAUCCAGCUAGCGGGAGGCAUUCCCGGCGGCAUGGUGAGCGUGGUGCCCGCCAAUAUUGUGGAUCCCCUACAACAAGCUUCGCUGCAGCAGGCCCAGCAACAGCCGGUUCACCAGCAGCUACAGCAGCAGCCGACAAGUUCCGCCCAUGUCCAAGUCCAACAGCAGCAGCAGCAGCAGGCAACGGGGCAGGUGAACAACUCCAAUCGCCACUAUAAUACAAUAAAGAGUAAUAAUUGGAAGGGUGGAAUGCAGAAGAACCUGGACAAAAGCUAUGGCGGUGCGGUGGCCACUCACCACCACUACAGCACCCAGGCCCAGGGUCUGUCCACACAUGGCCACCAUCUCCAGGCCCAGCAGCAACAGCAGCAACAACAACAGGGACAGGGACAAUCACAACAGCAGCACUAUCAUUUGGCUUCCUCUAGCGGCGCGAGCACACCUCAGGUAUCUUAUGCCAGUGCUCAGGCUACGGCUACCUUGACGCUGGCCCCGCAGCCCAGCCAACACCAACAUCAUCUGGUGGCCCAUCAUGCCGCCCAGCAACAGACGCAGCAGCAGCAGCAGCCGCCGCAGCAUCAGCAGCAAGUUGAGCUGCAAGAGGCGGGAGAGAACGUGGAGCAUGGUUCGCAUGGGAUGCAACAGGUAAAUCGCAGCAGCAACAUGUCGGCCAGCUCCUCCUCGUCGAUGGCCACAUCAAUCAGCAAGGAGCCGCUGCAAUGGCAGACGCGUCCACGUCGUCGUCGUCGCGAUGAGGAGGGCGGUACUAUCAAUUAUUCUCCAAGCGGUCGAGUGGGGCUCUUUGGCACCUCACCCUCCGCGCCGCAUCAGCAGCAACAGCAGAUGAUUUCAUCGUCUUCGUCUUCCGCCAGCAAUGUGCAGUCGGGCAACGGCGGUCCCUCCCAUCGCGGCGGUGAUCGGGAGAGCCAUUACAAUAUUCACGAUGUACCACCACCACAGCCCCAGCACCGGGGCAACUACAAGGGCAACAACUAUAAUCCUAACUAUCACGCCCAGCACUCGUCCAUGUCGAACAGCUCCCAUCACCAUCACCACAACGCCCUGUCCUCGCAGCACCACCUGCCAGCGGGACAGCAGCAGGGCUCGAGUCACCAUUAUCACCACCAUCAUCACCACAAUUCCAUUGGCAGCAAUGUGGGGAACAGCGGAGGAGUGGGCGUCAGCAGUGGAGCUGCAGCCGCAGUCGCUGGAUCUGGGAACAACAGCGUGUCGGGUGGAAACGGCAAUGCCACCAAUGAGCGUGGCAUGCAUCACGUUUCCCUGGGCUAUCAGGGACACCAGCAUCAGCAACAACAACAACAGCAGCAGCAGCAGCAACAACAGCAGCAGCAACAGCAACAACAACAACAGCAGCCGGCAGCGCCAGUGCAACCGCCGCAGUUUGAUCUAGAGGCAACCGCCUUCCCACCACUGCCAGCCUCGUCGGCAUCGGUAAGCACGCCACACACUCCUCAGGCCAAUAGUGCGUCCGUGCACAUCUCCAACUCGUCCUCCUCUGCGCCUGCCCUAACACAGAAACAAACUCUUCAUCAGCAGCAGCAGCUGAGCGGCAGCGUGGAGAGCACGGAGGAUCAGCGUUCAAGCAAUCAUCAGCAGGGCGAGAGUAGUCCUCAUCUGGCCAACAGUUCCGCUGUCUCUGCCGCUGCCAACAACUGGUCCGAGAACCGCCUCUCGGACGUGGUCCGCACUGGUGGGGGAGGGGCCGGUGCCGGUGGCGGUGGCGGAGGUAAGGGCAAGGCUCGCAAGGAGAUUGUCCAAAGCAAGCACCAUCCGAAUCAGACCCAGCCGCAGCAGCCGCAGCAGUCGCAGCAGCAGCAGCAACAGCAGCAACAGCAGCAACAACAACAACAACAACCACAGCCGCAGCCACAGCCGCAUUUGCCUCCCAACUUCCAACAGCAUCAGCGAAAUGUGCCGGUCAGUCCCACGCCAGCCGUGGAGUACGCGCCCAUCGAGGGCAACAAUACUAAAAACGUUACUAAGCAGAGCUCUAGUAGCAGUUCGACCCAUGUGAUAAAGUGUCUAACACCAAAUAUCAAUGCCAGCAGCAAGGACGAGGCAGCCGCCGCCGGAGUCGGGGUAGGAGCCGGACCUGGUGCUGCCCAGCAGCUGGAUAAAUCAAACAAGACUGAGGAUGAAAUGCAUCCAAAGCAGCCGCUGCUGCAGCAGAAUCCGCAGCAACGUCUGGCCGAAGCCUACGUCCAGACUAUGCAGCAGCAGCAGCAGCCGCCACCGCUGGCUGCCCACAACGAUUAUGCAAGGGGCGCGGAGGCAAUCACUGCCGUGCCCGCGGGCGCUGGCGCCUGCAGUGUGGCGACAGUUGCGACCGGUUUGACCGCCAGCCUGGCCGAGUGCAGCCUCAGCCAGCACAAGAAACCGCCCUCCGUUGCCGCCCUGCACGCCAAGAAGGAGGCAAGCCUGACCAAGGAUUCAGCCAGCAAGAAGAGCGUUGCCACCUCAACAUCGAACGAGAACAUUGCCGCCGCCACGGCAAGUAAGCUCAGUUACGCUCAGGUGGCCCAGCAUCACAAGGCCUCCACUGACAGCAAGGAUGGAAGUGCCUCCACAGGCACCCUCUCGCCCACUGGCAGCCAGAAAAUGGAUCUAGUCUUCGGCGAUCCCUCCACAAUCGCUGCCGCAGUGGAGAAGAGUGUGAUCGCCACCGAGAAGCGUGUAGCAGGAGGAGCCUCCCCGGUCGUAAAUGCUGUGCCGUCUGGCAAAGGGGCCAGCGGAAUACAGACAUUGAAUUCAGCUCAAGUCAGCAAUGCAGUCGGUGCCAAGGAGAAAGAUGCCCGCUCCCAUGCCUCUCCCAUGGGCGGUGGUGGUCGCCACCAGAGCAAGGAGAAACAACAACAACAACAACAUCAGCAACAUUACGGCUCUGGCACAGAGCACAAUACCAAUGCCAAUGUAGGCUCGGGGACCGGCGGCAACCGCAAGUCCAGAGCCCACAACAACUCUUAGGGGAAGGGAAAGUCGUUGCCAAAAGCGAGGCAACUAUGAGCGACCUUUGCAGGAUGCCUCUGAUAAUGCAUCUGCCUGUAUAUAUAUGAAAUUCCAUUUGUAAAUACCAGAACAAUUUUUGUUACAUCUAUAAGUGCUAUAGAUAUUUACCAGUUAACUAAGGAGGCAUACAAAAGCUUUUGCCGCUGCUCAACAGAGAAGAGGAAGAGGAGGAGACGAGGUGGUGGAGUAGCAGGCGGAGCUUGGACCAGUUAUCAUAUUAGUAGGCAAAGGAAUAAAGGAAUAAUGAAUGGUGCAUACCCCUUUCUCCAGCUAUUUACCUGCAUAUAUUUAUAUACGCAUAUAUAUAUGUAUAUGUAUAAUCAGUUAUCGUUUACUGUUGAUCUACGUCUUUACCUAAGAUUGAGGGGUACACCGUGGACUAGAGCAGAGAUGAUAUUUGCAGAAUAACGAACCGAGAGUAGAUGAAUAGAGAAUGGAGAGAGGAUAGUGGAUAGUGGAUAGAGAGGAUAAGUGUAGAGGAAGAUUUGAAUAUGCCUAAGCUAUGAUUACGAUUACCAUUAAUGAUUACCGAGUGAAUAAGUCUAAGUUUUGAUUUUAGUUAGCCAACUUGCAUCGAACGAUAAAACAGAGCAAAAGAAAGAUACACAUUGUAAACGAUUUUACUGAUAAAUUACUGAUGGAACUCAUGCAUCAUGAAUCAUACGUUACGUUGGUUUCGUUAUUAUCUACGUUUAGUAAUUCAUCAAUUUCAUUUAGCUUACACUCACAAACGACACACACCACACCACACCACACACCACACGACAGCACACACACACGAUACACUCACAACAUCUAACUUAAUGUUUAUAGCCAAAACAGAAGUACACAGAUACGAGUAUAUGGCGUAUAUGUUAUCUAUAUACAUAGCUAUGUCUCCGCUAGUCCCACAAGUUAGGGUUACUUCUAUUAAUUAGAUAUAUACGAGUAUACAUACAUAUAUAUAUAUAUUGAUAUAUUGUUUUGAACCAUUGUAACAUUUUAUCAGUUGGUCUUGUUUGAGCGAAUGGAUUAUAUUUUUUUGUACACAAAUAUUUUUUUUUGAAGUGGAUUCUCGUACUUAGUUCACGGCAUAACAACAUACACGCAGACCAACUGCCCUUAUACCCAUGGCCACAACCACAACCCCACCCACCCUUACACCUGAGUAUAUCCUUCAUUUUGAUACUUACGUAUAUCGUAUAAUGAGAAUAACUUAUAUUUUAAAAUUGCAUUUGUUUCCACACAAUGAAUGGCAAUUUUCUCAGUUUGAUGGUUUCACGUCUAUUUCAAGAAGCAAAAGAAAAGAACACGAUGAACGAAGAACGAAGAUCGAGAAUGAUUAACAAGUUAGUGCAUUGCUAAAGCAAAUAAACUCUAUCCUUAUAAAGCGUAGGUGGACACAGCUACAGCUCAGCUCAGCUCAUAAGACAGACACUAUCCAAUGUUAUAUUUACAAUUCUGUAUAUAAGCAUACAAAGAAUGUAUUCUACACUCACCAAACACACACUCUAUAUACAACAAAAAGGUGCCAUAACACUAAAACGAAAACACACUCACACACGAAAUUCUGCGAGGUUUAGGACAACACAAAUAGGCAUUUAAAAACGGAUUAUAUUCUUAUGUUAAACUGUCUCUCAAUUUAUAAUGCUACCACCCCUCUAAAUAAUGAUGCUCAUUAUCGAUUUUGGUUUCCUUUUUUACGCACAAACACAAAUGAUUUACGAUUAACGAUUAACGAUUUAUGAAGAGUCGUCCUGAUUUAUUCGAGAAGCAUGUUAUUUGAUCCCUUAAUGCAUAACAUCAUCCAUUGGCAACAGGAGAUGAGGAGGAGGAUGAUGAGGAGGAAUAAUCAGUAGUCUUAAGAGCGUACACGCGAUAUCUAAAUGUGUGAAAAUAAAUAGAGAGAGAUAUACAUAAAUAUAUAUAUAUAUAAAACUACUCUAGGCCUAAGAAUUAAGUUUAGAAAUGCGUAUGGAUAUUCACACUUAACUGCAAGAAUAUUCAAACAUUUUUUCUAUAUAUAUAUAUAUUUUUUUUUUUCAACUUUUAUUUGAGAACAAAAUUGCGCCCCGCCUUUCACAAACACACACCCCAAAAACGAACGAUAGAUUUCAAUUUAUUUUCCAUGAAAAACACGGCAUACAAUACGUUUUGUUCUCUUUAAGUUAACGCUGAUGAACACACUGUGAAUGAAAUGAACCGAACAAUGUUUUCCCGAAAAACGAAACUCAUCCAAAAUCAAAAAAAACGAAAGAGAAAUUAAGAGAAGAGAAGAGAAGGAGUAGAAGAAUCAACUCUUUAACUGAAGACUUUCUACCGAAAUGUAAUUGAAAAUUUAACAAAAAUACGAGAAAGAAAACUACAACUGAAAACCAAUAUAUAUAUACACACAUAUAUGUAAACAUAUACUUUGUUUCUAUGAAAACAAUCGAAUAAGCUAAGUGCCUAUACUAACUAUUAUAUUGUGGCGUGACACGCAAGUACAGUCAGACCACUGAGCCAAGAACCAAACGUGUCCUCCCUCCCUCAAUCGCACACUCCACUCGCGCAGUCAUCAUGCUCACUCACUCAAUCACUCAACUGCCUCUAGGAGCUAACUUAACCUUACAAUGAAAUGAAAACAAAGCAACAAACACUCAUUGAAUCGAACCAAUCGAAUGAUUCAUUCAUUCGCCCACUGAUCUUCGGCCAGUCGGGGGGUUUUCCUGCCACUGGCUCAGGGGUCGCUACGAUAGACAGGGAGACACAGACACCCCCACACAUAGUAUACCUUGCUCAGUGGUUUGUCGUGUACUCGGAACACUACAAAUUUAACUUUAAAUAAUUCAUAGUUUAUAGUUUGUAUCUUCCCCAUUUGAUGAAAGACCCGACACUCUCCCUAACUAUCAUUCAACCGCCGCCACACACCCCACCCCACCCCACCCCACCCCACCCACCCCACUCAGCACACAAAUAUUAGUUUCGAACGUUCUCAAAUGAUUUUGUUGUGCUCAUCACUCACUGUCGGCUGCCACAAUAGCAAACACAGAACAUACAGUGGGACCUCAGUAGGGCGGACACCGACUUGACUUGGACUGCGGACUGCUUUAGGGCAAAUGUUAGAGCGAGGGUUUGGUUGAGCGAGCGUGCGGCUGUGCGGCUGCUGUUGGUUGGGGAGCUGGAUGCGAGGCAACCCCGUUCUUCCGGCAAUGAGAUGUGAUAUUAUGCAACUGACGGAUCGUCAAUUGUGUGCGACAAAAAAACAAAAUGAAAUAUACGGAAAACGGCUGCCCAAUUGGGCUUUCCUCCAGCAGCAGACACGUCCAGACAUGUUCACACUUAGACACACCACACACACACAAAGAGAGAGACACGCAGAGAAAGAGAACAGUAGCGAGAAGUAGAGGAGAAGCGAAGCGAAGAGAGAGAACAGAAGAGAGUAGUAGGGUAUAGAGAAAGUAAAGAAACAUUGUUGAUGUUGAAUAAUUUUAAGGCAAUACAAUAAAUUAAAUUAAAUUGUUACAUUGUAAACCUGAGUUCUUAAGUUAUUUAUUUUUGUAUGAUUAAGCAGCGCAUAUGACACCUUGUUAUAUUUACAAAAUAAUACUAUUAGAAAUUCAGCAGACAUGCCACGCCAAUAGCUAGCAUCCCAUCCCCUAUACUCAGACCCAAAAACACACACGAAAAAGUUUGGAGGCAUCAUUAAUAUUCUAUUAUUUCAAAUGGAAUAACCCUCGCCAAUCAACUGUACAUACUAUAUACCAGAGGGUUCUAUUCUAUCCUCUUCUCUUGUUUUCACCGCCUUACCAUUGACCAUUCUUUAUGGCACUGCCAGCAGCUAGGUUUCUGUUCCCUUUUCCUCCUCUAAUUUCUGGGUCUCCCCAACGCCGCUUGUGAAGAGCGUGGGGGCCCCACCCCACCAGCCAUGCUCCGGUUAUCGCAAAUCUCAAAACGUAGCGAAUUGACUUAAAUCGCAAACGUGCGUGCUCCGUCUUUCGCAAAUCGUAGGAUUCUUACAUUUUAAAAUACAUUUUUAUGAGAGCAAAAAAAAUAUUAACAUAUUUGCUGAUGUUUUAAGUUUAUAUUUAUACAAUUGGACAUUUUUUUCCAAAUAUUAUCUUAAUAUAUUCAAUUUAUUUUUUUUCUAAUGACACCCCAAAUUUUACUUCACCCAAAUAAACCAAAACAACAACAAGUGGUGAAUUCCCUCCCGAUUUGCAGCUUUUCUUUAUCAAUUGGAAAUGAAACACUAUCGACAGCAAAAAUUUUCGAAAACCGGAGCAUAUAGAUUUCAAUUCGUACGAAUUUUGCCCGAAAUCGUAAUCGCAAAAAUUUGCGAAAACCGGAGCAUAGCUGUACUUUCUUUGAAUGGCUAGAGACCAGGCGUUGUGUCCUUUUUUUUCAAUGGGUUAGUUCUUUGCUUUUAUGUACUACCAAUAAGCUGCAGAGAAAGAAAGUUAAACAGAAGAAUGCUUACGCACAUUGUUAUCACUAGAAAAGCUACAACAACAAGAACAACAAAAUCAACAACAACCUGUCUGUUAAACAAAAGAAAACAAAAAUGCAAAUAUGUAAUAUGAGUAAUACAUAUAUAUAAAGAUAUAUAUAUAUACUUACGAAAAGAAUAUGCGUAAUCAACUGUAAUUGUACCGAAAUUGAUAACUGUAAAGCGAAAAGAAAACAAAAUGGUUUAUAAAAUUGCAUAUGAUUAAAACUAUAAACUAACUAUAAAAUCAUACAAUAUCCCCCCCUUUAUGCAGCAGCGAAAGCCACACAACCAAUCAACAGAGUUAAUGCAUAAUUGAGUGUGUAAUAUGGCAUACAUAUGAAUAAAAUAAAAUAAAAUAUUAUAAUAAAACAAAGCAACAAAAAAAAAAACGAAAAAAAAUACAAACACUGAGAAACAACCAAAACACGAAAAGGCGUAAUUCAUUUCCCCCUAUAUAUACAUACAAUAUAUAGAUAUAUGGUUAAGAGUGAACAAUUUGUACGUAAAAGCCACACACACACACACGAUGAUAAUGGUGAUGUUGAAGAAGAAACCAAACCUGUACUCGUAAUGAAAAUAUAGCAAAGAGUUUAAAUAAAAUUUAAACUAACAUAAAUACAGAGAGGGAAAACAUUUCAUGACCACAAAACACACAGAACACAACAAAACACAACACAUACCAUACACACAACACACGAUUAUUUUAUUUUAUUGUAUGUAUCAUAUGAACGAAAAGAAAAUCAAAUAAUAAAAGAAAAGAACAAGGAGAGAACAACAAGCGGGCGUAAUGUAGAUUAAAUGUAGAUAGCAGAAAGAAAAAACAACACAAGAAACAUGUCAAACAAUAAAGCGAGCGAUAACCAGCAAGAAAAGCUGUACAAAA